AUGGAAGAUCAAUUAGAACUAACUUCUUAAUGGGGUUUCUACGAGAUGUGCACCAAAAAGAACAACAAGUUGCCAUGUCUUAUACCAUAGACCAUCAUCUUCGAUAAGCUUAUGCCUAAGGUUUGGCUCUUCAAUCCCAAAAACACUCAAGUGGUCAUGAAAAAGAAUUCUGACAAACUCUCUAACCUCGAAAUUGCCAAGGCUUUGCUUGGUAUGAAAUUCCCUAAGGACAUUAAGAUAGACACGCUGACUCAAUUGGUUGAGCAAGCAAGACAGUGUGCUCAAUUCAAAGAAGUACUAUUUUCUUUUAUAAUGUCAAAGGAAACUCCAAUAGCAUUUUUGCAAAUGAAAAGGAAUGAGGGUGUACCUAUGAAUCGAUAAGAGUUAUUGCAAUUCUUUGUUGAAGGCAAAGAUCUCUCAUCUUUGGCAUACAUGCAAUAGUACAUUGAAAAUCAAAAUGAAGUCUACUAUGUCGAGUACCAUUAUGAUGUUGAUUUCAUUCCAAUCACUUUCAAGUUUUUCAAGAAGACUCUCACAAUCAAAAGAGUGAACAAAAGUACAACUGCUAAAUCCAGCAAUCCUUUCCAAACACUCUUGAUGCCAGUCCAAAGUAGUGGUUAAAUUCCAGUCAGACAAUAGGAGGUUUAGAAAGUGCAGACCAUGUUCAAAUAUUGCAAUUCUACUCUGAAUCAACGCUUCCAAGAAGAGACAAAAAAGAUAGCAUUUUACAUCGAAAAGGUGUUCAAAGUCAAAAUACGCAAAUUCACUCCCAAGUUCAUUGUUGAUCAAAGAGAACAGAUCUAUUUCGCUGGGAUCAAAUAGAUCUCUAUUUAAAUCCAAAGUGGAGCACCGUAUCAGAGGGGUUUGAGAGACGAAAUAGCUAGCAAUGGUUAAUUUGAUAAUUUCAUGAUGGCCUGCAAAUAAUUCAGGUUGGAUAAGAAUGCAAACAAUGAAUUCAAAAAGUACCCCAAAUAGAUUGUAGAGGAGGACAAGAAAUUGAGCAAAACUCUCUACAAGCACUUAAUACUUGAGAGAUGCCAAGGGGAUUUUUGCAAUUAUAAAUUAAUAGAAAAAAACAAAGGACCUUUGCAAUUAAGGAAAGGUCUAUUGGAAACAUAUAAGAACGUGUUUAAGGAGUCCAAAUAGACAGUCAGUAAUAUGAGUACCAAUUUACCUUAUGAAAUCUCGUUGUAAUUGAUAGUGCGUACAAGAGAUGAUCAUAAGGAAGUCAUAGAACUUUUUAAAAAAUACAAAAUUCAUUUAGAAAAUUACAAUCCAGAAGAGCAUCCAGAAAUUAAAGACGAAUAACAGCAUCCAUUCAGCAAAGAGAAUUCAGACGUUCAAGCAUUAAUUAAUCUAUACAAAUCAGUCAAAAUUUGUAAGAACUGCUUCAUAAUCUAUUCGAUGAUUUAAAGACACUUUGAAUCUUAACUCAAAAAAGACAUUAAAAACGGAGUCUAAUUUAUCAAUGAAAAGAAGACUCCCUCUUUAUAAAUAGACGAAGAAGCUGAAAGACGUAGAAAGAGAGAUGAAAACAUUCUCAAAAGGCAGGAGAAACUAUAAAUGAAGCCAUCAACAUCAACGAAAUCUUUUAGAAUAUUCAGAGCUCCAACACAAAAGAAGAAUUUUCUAAUUACUUCCAUACCUGAGAGUAGAAGCUCUUAAACAGCAUCGCCUUAAAAGUUUAGAGAUGUUUGCAAGUAAAUAGAAAUUAAUAGAUUAACAUUGGGUUAUUUGAAUUAUUAAAAAUUGGAGUAAUUUUAAAAGCCAAGUCAGAUGGAACAAUCUCAAGAAUUUAGAAAUGAGUCUUAUAAUUUAAUAGACCUGCUUGCAGAACAGAAAGCACCGAAUGUUAGAAGAAUAGACACAAGCCAAUAGGAGAAUAAGGAGUUGCAAGGGAGAGCAGAGGAGAUUAAGAAGAUGCUGGUUAAGACUUCUAAAAAGGAGCAGGAAUGUAGAGCUAUACAGAAGGAAUACUAUAAUGAAAAGAUAUAGGAAGGUGUUUAAUAGAUCUUACUUUCAACUUCGUCUCAUUAUUAUUAUCAUGUUAAUUUUGAUAUAGUAAGGAAAUUGUAUCAAUUCUAAUUAAGUACUCCGAUGUAAGCUUUAUCAUAUGAUUUGAAAUAUGAUCAAUUAAGAGCAUUAUAAAUUGAAGAAGUCUGUGAGAUGAUGAAAUACCCACCUCCUUGUUUUGAUAUUACACAAUUGGAGUAUUUGGUAGUUGAUUCUCAGACUGCUGUUCCUUAUGCUUUAUUUGAGAGUAACAUAACCAAGAAGAAGGAGAAGAGUUCUCAAUCAGGAAUAGAUUUGAUAAUCAUACUCCACGACAUGUUCGAAUCCUUUUUUGAAUACUAUCCAAUCAUAGUGGAUUUGAUCAAUGAAGCCUAAAAUAAGAAGGUACUGCUCUUAAACACUCCUGGAUAAGCCUACACCUUAUUCAAUAAGAAGCAAGCAUACACAAACAUCUAUAUAGCAGGCAUCUUAGAUUAAAUACUCUAUGAAUUAUCUACCAAGGGCAAAAUCGACUUACAAACUGAUACAUUAAAGAUCUUGGGAGUGGGAUCAGGAGGAUUUCAUGCUUAAGCAUUCAGUAAGACAUUAUUCAAAUCUAAUUAGUUGUACAAUCCCAAAAUACAAUUCAAUUCAGUCAGAUUGCUUUUGUAAAUUCAUACACAUCCAUAUACCCUUAAUUAAGAAGCUUCUUUGGUCAAUCGAUCAAAAUAUUCGAAUCUCAACCUGCCGAUAUGCCAGAACUUGCCUGACAUUGAAUACACUAAUACGAUUAUGAAUACUCAACCAAUUUCUGAAGAUCUGCUUUCUUGUGUGUUGCAGCAGAAUCCAAUCAAUCAAUUAGGAAGGUAAAUCAUUUUGGAGGGUUUGUUACAAAGUCCUUCAUUUAUGGAGAGAUUCCAAAAACUGAUUCUUAGUGUUUAGGUAUACCAUUCCUUAAAGAAUUGUUUGGUCAAUAUAUCUGAGGCUGAUUUGUUGCAAACAUUCCUGUAGGAUGAGACUCUGGAUGUGAAUAAUGUGGCCUUGUCAAAGAAGAUACAAAUGAAUAAACGCACAGUCUAAUACAUUGAGGGAUUAAUUGGUGUAAAUUUUAAACAGAUUGGCUUGACUAAUAUAAAAAAUUUAUUCAAAUUAUUCGUGUGGAUAAGUGAAGCCAAGAGGAUUCAAAAGAGUUUUCGUAUCAGACAGCUUUCUGAUUGGGAAUAUUUGACGAAAUUCGGAGCUGAAGUUGGAGAUGUCACUUAUCAUCUCAAAUUCAGAAUUGUUGGAUUGGAAUCGGAGGAAAUGAGAGAACGUAAUUUCCCGAUUCUUUUUGAAUUGUAUUUGGAUGAAGAAUGGCCUGAAGUGUUGGAAAGACAAGAAUGUGAGAGAGCAUCCUUAGCUAGGAGAAAAGAGACUAUUUAAGUCCCGGGAAAUGGAGAGUAUUCAUAAAUAUACACAGGGACUAUUAAGGCCAAAUUAAGAGCUCAUAUGUGGUAUUAUGCCAUAUCUGAUUGUCAUCGAAGAUUAAGAGAUGAAUUCAAGGAAGAUCAAUAUAAAAAGGUUAAAUUUGAGGUGGAUGUUCACAUAAAGAAUGUUGGUAAGACUGAAUUCUCAGUUGAACAAUUUGGAAUUUAAUAUUUCAUGUUUGCGGUUGUUUUGGUUGACAUUGUAAUGCUAGUUUAUAAUGGGUAUUACAUUGUAAAAAGACAUGAAAAGUAUGAGGAAUUCAGCUUAGCAUUGUUUCUGUUGGUCAUUACUCUUUUCCUUGAAGCCAUCUCUUACAGUGAGAAUUUGUUGCACUUAUGGGUAUACAGCUAUAACGGACAAGGAGUAUUUGUCCUUCAUGUGUUUUCAGUUAUUGUAUAGAUUGCUUCUCAAUUCUCUUUAACAAUGAUAUUGGUGAUGUUGUCUUGGGGUUGGCAAAUAAAUUUCACUAAAUUCGACAAUUUCGAGAUAUUUCUACCCUUAUCACUAUUAAUAGCUUUCUUUCAAUUAACUAUAGUAGGAUUAGGUUUCAUCGAUUAUGAUGCUUAUUAUAAGGAUCACUCUUAUGAAGGGUGGGUUGGCUGGCUAGCAUCCUUUAUAUUUAUUGGAGAAUUCAUCUACUUUAUCAAAGGAUUGUCUAAUACAUAUAAAAAGAGUACUGGAGCUGUCUAAUAAUUUAUAAUGAUGCUUGGAUUCUAUGGAGGAAUUUAUUUCAUCAGUUUCCCAGUUCUCCAGACAGUCAAUUUGUUUGUUGCCAGGUAUCUUAGACAUAAAGUAAUGGAAAUAGGAACAAUAUCUUUUAGAACUGCAGCUAUUGUACUACUGACUCAUUUGUUUACAUCUAAGAAAUCCCUAUUUGCUAAAAUAUCAUAUGAUAGCAGAAGUUUCUUGGAUAGAAACAAGGAUGAUUGA